CGCGAUUUGACGUGAGAAGGUAGCGGAUGCGCAAUAUGGCGGAGGACUGAGAGAGUGCUAGCACGGAAAGAAGGAAAGAGAGGGGUGAGUGAGAACUUGUUUUCAGUGAUGUGAAGAUGACUCAAGGUAAGAAGAAGAAGAGGGUCAAUCGUAGCGUUUUACUGGCUAAGAAAAUUAUAAUCAAAGAUGGUGGCUCGCCUCAGGGGUUUGGCUCUCCAAGUGUUUACCAUGCUGUCAUCGUGAUCUUCCUUGAGUUUUUUGCUUGGGGUUUGCUGACUGCGCCAACCCUGGUGGUUUUACGUGAGACAUUUCCUAAACACACAUUUCUGAUGAAUGGACUCAUUCAAGGAGUAAAGGGUUUAUUGUCUUUCCUUAGUGCUCCUCUGAUUGGGGCUCUCUCGGACGUGUGGGGGAGAAAAUCCUUUCUGCUGCUUACUGUAUUCUUCACGUGUGCUCCAAUUCCACUGAUGAAGAUUAGUCCAUGGUGGUACUUUGCAGUUAUCUCUGUCUCUGGCGUCUUUGCCGUCACCUUUUCUGUGGUGUUUGCAUAUGUGGCCGAUAUAACACAAGAACAUGAGAGAAGCAUGGCAUAUGGCCUGGUUUCAGCCACAUUUGCAGCUAGCCUGGUUACAAGUCCGGCAAUAGGCGCUUACCUUGGUCGUGUAUAUGGUGAUUCUCUUGUGGUGCUUCUUGCAACUGCGAUUGCCCUACUGGACAUCUGCUUCAUCCUAGUAGCUGUUCCGGAAUCGCUCCCUGAAAAAAUGAGGCCAGCAUCUUGGGGUGCUCCAAUCUCUUGGGAACAAGCUGACCCUUUUGCUUCACUAAAGAAGGUUGGCCAGGAUUCCAUUGUCCUGCUCAUCUGCAUUACUGUUUUUCUCUCCUACCUCCCUGAGGCCGGACAGUACUCCAGCUUCUUCCUGUAUCUCAAACAGAUCAUGCAUUUUACCCCAGAAAGUGUUGCCGCCUUUAUAGCUGUAUUGGGAAUUCUCUCCAUCAUUGCUCAGACCGUUGUUUUGAGUUUACUGAUGAGGUCAAUUGGAAACAAGAACACAAUUCUGCUGGGACUGGGUUUCCAGAUUUUGCAACUGGCCUGGUACGGAUUCGGCUCAGAGUCUUGGAUGAUGUGGGCUGCAGGAGCAGUUGCUGCUAUGUCUAGCAUCACCUUUCCUGCAGUAAGUGCUUUAGUUUCCCGAACGGCAGAUCCAGAUCAGCAAGGUGUUGUGCAGGGAAUGAUUACAGGAAUCCGCGGCUUGUGUAAUGGACUUGGUCCUGCCCUGUAUGGAUUUAUAUUUUACAUCUUUCAUGUGGAAUUGGAUGAUAUACCUAUCACGCAAACAGAGCCAAGAGAGAAGAUGACAGCACAUUCACAGCAGAAUUCUAUUAUCCCUGGGCCUCCCUUUCUGUUUGGAGCAUGCUCUGUGUUGCUGGCUCUGCUUGUAGCAUUAUUUAUUCCAGAACACACCAAUCUGAAUGCCCGAAGCAACAACUGGAAGAAGCAUCAUGGUACCGGACACCCACACAGUCCUCCAGCUCCUGGGGAGGGAAAAGAGCCUCUUCUACAGGACACAAAUGUAUGACAGUGUUUGAGAGACUCUUUAAGUGACCUCUUCUGCAUAUGGUCUCAUUCCUUUUGACCUGCAGGACCAACUGGCCGCCCUUUAGUCAGCAGGGACAGCUACCAGUCUUCUGGCAGGGCAGGCAUCGAGCCUUCAGUGGCAAAACCAACUGAUGCCACCAACAGGGCAUGUCUAUCACUGCCUUCUUUAUAGACAAGACCGCUCUAAGGCUUUUUUUUUUUUUUUUGCCAACAGCAUAUUCAGUCUGAUUGUGUUUAAGACAAUCAGAGUAUGUAUGAACUUUGUUUAACCCCUUGAGUGCUGGCCUCCUGUUAAAAAUAACUCCACAUUACAGGGUUGUGUUUGACACAGAUGUUUAAACAAGCCUUUAGGGCGUUUAACACAUACUUGUUUGACCCAGGUUUGCUGCCUGUCAUAUAUAAGCAAAUGUGUUUAAAUUUGGGAGGUUUGGGGGAGUGUUCUGUUUUUUUGUUUUUAUUUAUAUUUUGCUCUUUUAAAGAAAGCCAAAGUAUUAGUUGUUUUUUCGUUUUUGUUUUUACUUUGCUUGCCAUAUGCCAAUGGCUUAGCUCUUAACAUCCAACUAAGCGUUUAUUUUCUCUUCUGCAAGUAUAGAUUGUUAGAAAAGCUUGUUUACAUGUUUACAAAAUCUAUUUAUACACACCACUUAAUAGUUCUGAUUCUUGGUAUUCUAUGGAAGAGAAAAAGUGGAGAGCCCUCUUUCUGAUCUCUCCCUAGGAACAUUUUUAAUCUGGUGCUGAAACUCGAAACGGUUUUUAUCUCCAACUGACAAAUAUGGGAUGAAAUAAUCGAAGCCUUUGUUUUAAAUGAACAUAUAUUGUUUUGAAUGAACAAUAUCCAAAGGGCAAUUCUUCUGCAGUCUUUUGUUUAAACGCAUUCCAGGUUUUGAAGUUAAUCAUUCUUCUUGGUGUAUAUAGAUUUAAUUUCAAAUACUGUAAUACUCCAUGGGCUACCCACAACAUUUUCUUCUGUUCGUAAUGUGGUUUGUCCAGGGCAAGAAUGGAUUGUCAAACCAGUAUAAUACACACCCCUCUCCCCUAAAAAUGUAUUGCAUAAUUGGCAUGCAUGGGGAUUUUAAAAAUGUUGUUCAUAGAAAGCUUAUUAAAGGAACACUAUUUCUUUAGGACAUAUGCUUUCAAUUCUGUUGGUGACUUUUCUUUGACUUUGCCAUCCUCUGCACUGUGCAUUCAUAAUCUCUUUGGACUCUUGUGACAAUUGGCCCAUUAAAGGGAAAUUCAGGUGCCAGGAAAACAAUCUGUUUUCCUGGCACUGCAGGUCCCCUCUCCCUCCCACCCCCCAAUCCCCGGUUGCUGAAGGGGUGAAAAACCCUUCAGUAACUUACCAGAGGCUGCGAAGAUGUCCCACGUCGCUGCUUCUUCCUCCGUGCUGCUCCUCCCUCUGAUUGCGUUGGCCGGUGUGCAAGACUGAUCCCGCCCACCGACCGGGGAGACCUAAUGCACAUGCGUGGCAAUGCCGCACAUGCGCAUUAGCGCUCCCCAUAGGAAAGCAUUUUAAAUACUUUCCUAUGGGGAAAUGAGCGACGCUGGAGGUCCUCACGCAGCGUGAGGACGUCCAGUGACGCUCUAGCGCAGGUUUUCUGUGCUGUAGACAAGGAAGUGCCCUCUAGUGGCUGUCUACCAGACAGCCAGUUGAGGUGUAGUUGACCCUGCAAUGUAAUUAUUGCAGUUUAUAAAAGAAAAACUGCAAUAAUUACAGUUGCAGGGUUAAGAGUAGUGGGAGUUGGCACCCAGACCACUCCAAUGGGCAGAAGUGGUCUGGGUGCCUGGAGUGUCCCUUUAAGCAAAGGAAUUGCCUUCCAAGCACCAGAGUCUGAAAUCUUGGAUUUGCCAAUGGAAGAGUUUGCCUCAAGUUUUAUGAUUCGGAGUCUUUUAAGAGACAAAACGGAUCUCUCACCAUCUGGGAUAUUUACAUAUUUUGCAAAAACCCCAGAUGGUGACUGCUGUGCUUUGUGUCUGGUGGCUACAGAAUGCAGGGGUAGGUGAGUUUUACUUAACUGAACGUGACUUUGCGGCCACCACCAUAUUCUUCCUGCCAUGCAGGAGAGUACAACUAUCUAUGGAGAAUCCCACAAGACCGCAGGAUCCUCCACAGACCAUGCCUUUUUCUCUGUCAAUAGUGACAGCAAGGGGAAAAGCAACACUUGACGACGGUACCCUCUGCCUUUUGCCAAGUUUUGUCUGGCAUAUGGAAUAUACGAAGCUAAAGUAGUCCCUACUUUCUAAGUAUAUAUUUUGACUGUAACACAGUCAAUGUGAGUGUUUCAUAAAGAUUUUAAUUUUAUGAAAUUCUCAUUUUUUAGGGAGGGUUGGGAUUUACAGAGACCCUUUAAAUUAGCUGGAUAAAUUAUGUCUUAAAGAUGGUUUACCUAUAAAUCUUAAGACUGUUUUUUUAUUAUACAUACAAUCAUCAGGCCGAACCUAUCGCAGUUAUUCACCCCCAUAGUAUAUAUCACUAUCUGUUGAAUGCUUGAUCUCCAAAACUUGAAUACACAGCCCACAAAGUUAAACUGAUUGCUUUGUGGCUGCCCAUACAUUUACAGGUGGCCUUUUUCAGUACAUUCUUAUUUCAUACUCCUAAGGGCCAGGUAGACCAGCAAUUUUGUUGUCACACUUGUCCCUCUGGAGAGUUUAAAAAGCAGAUAUUUUAGUCCUAGAUUUUGAAGAUUAAAUAUUAAAAUUACAAAAAAAAAGCUUUAUAAUAACCGAUGUGAAUUUAUCUUCUAAAAGAUAUAUAUAUAUAUAUUUGUGUAUAUUUUUGCUUGGUUAUUUAAUGUGUUUCUUUGUAUAAAGUGUUGUAUAAUUUAACAAGAUCACAUGUUCUGUUUUUUUUGUUUGUUUUUUUGUUUUUCCCCUUCCUUCCUUCUUGGUACUUUGAACAUUUCCCAUUGGCUUAGAUCUGGAUGAUGUAAAUUUAUGAAUAAACCUAAAUAUUUUUA